AUGGAUAUUCAGGAAGAAACCAUUCGCCUGAACUCAAGGGGCGUAUCUGAGCUUCUUCGCUCAGGCGCAGAUGUCAAUGCUAAGGGUGGUGAAUAUGGAAGUGCGAUUCAGGCUGCGGGGCACCUAGGACGCGACGUGAUCCUUGAGUUGUUAUUGGAAGGCCGUGCCGACAUCAACAGCAGCAAUGUCGGAACAAGAAAUCCACAUGGACGAACACCACUGUCAUUAGCUGCGGGGAGCGGUCACAGUUCUGUUGUGCGACAGCUUCUUGCGAUAGAUGGUAUCGAUGCUGACUCAACUGAUGACAAUGGUAGAACACCAUUAUCGUGGGCUGCAGGGAGUGGAGAGAGCUUAGGUUCGAUAGAACUUUUGCUUGAAAGGUCCGAUGUCCACCCGGAUUUCGAAGACCUUGAUGGUAGAACUCCGCUGUCUUGGGCCGCAGGAAAUGAGAAGGGUAUGGUAGUAGAAUUACUUCUUAAGAGACCCAAUAUCAACCCUGAUGCCAAAGACAAGUAUGGAAGGACACCAUUAUCUUGGGCCUCAGGAAACUUUCAUGCUGGCCCAGUGAACAGGCUACUGGAGAGAGAAGAUGUGAACCCUAAUUCCCAGGAUAGUUAUGGCAAGACUCCCUUGUCAUGGGCUGCAGAAAAUGGCCAAUAUCUGGUUGUCGAGUCACUUCUCAAAAACCACAAUAUCAAUUCCGAUUCUAUGGAUGAUCAUGGCAUGACUCCGUUGUCGUGGGCGGCAAUGAAGGGACAUAGCGAAGUAGUGCAAUUGCUACUAAAGAGGGCGGAUGUCAAUCCAAAUUCGAUCAACAAGGAUGGGAUACCGCUGAUCUGGUUGGCAGCGGAGAAGGGUCGUUAUGAAGUGAUGGAAAUACUUCUGCAAAAUGAGAAAAUUGAUCUUAACUAUGCAACUUUGGAUUCUCGAACAUUGCUGUCAAAAGCAGCAGAAAAUGGGACUGAUAGAGUGGUAAAACUUCUCUUGGCAAAAGAAGGGUUAAGUGCCGAUUCCCCAGACAUUAAUGGCAGGACAGCAUUAUCCUGGGCGGCUGGGAGUGGCCACAGUGCUGUCGUAGAGCUUCUCCUCAGAAGAUCGAAUGUCCGUCCAGACUCCAAGGAUGAGUUUAAUCGGACGCCGCUAUUGUGGGCAGCAAUGAAUGGUCACAACACUGUUGUCGAGAUACUACUGACAAGGGAGGGGGUUAACCUUAACUUUACGGAUGCUUGUGGCCGAACGCCGUUGUUGUGGGCUAUGCACAAUGGGCACCAUAGAGUCAUCCGCUCGCUUAUUAGCAGGGACAUGGUCACACUGCAUGGUCUAGUUCGGGACGGAGAUCUGAUAAUGGCAGAGCGUCUUCUUGAUUGUGGAUAUGAUGUCGAUCGUUGCGACGCCAGCCGUCAGACUGCACUCCGCCUGGCCUUUCAGCUCAAAAACCGUGAGACCAUCGACUUUUUACUCCGAUACGGCGCGCAGACAAAAGGCAUCAGGGCGAGCGAUUGGCUUGCUGCGUAUGGGCGACCACGAACGGAUAUCAUACACCUUGAGGAAGACACUUAUGCAAAGCAGUGGGUUAACUUUAUUUCAAAAGACAAAGCGGAAAGCACCGGGCACUCUGCAAAUCCUAAUCCACAACUGAUUGUAUAUCCGGACUACAAGUAUUGGCCAAAGAAGCUGCUAUCCGAUGAAAUGAAGCAAAUAAGGCCGAACGAGUUACAAAUCUUAUAUGAGAACAUUAAUGGCUCCCCCAAGGUGUGUGUUUCGUUGUGGUUUCCUGCUGGUCAAAGCCAAAUCCGACAGCAUUGUUUCGAUAUGCCUGACUGGGGCAAAUCAAGAAUAUCAUGGACAAUACAAUCACCUGCAAGUCCACAUAGCCGUCCUUGGAAAUCGCUGAAUUAUUUCAGCACAUUACGAAAUGCCUGGAUUCCACAGGGCGGUGCCGACUUUCUCUUACAAUUUAUCCAGCAUAUGGAAAGUAGAUGGUCAAGGGUAUGUGAUACCGCCGACGAAUAUUUGAAAAGAUCACGUCUCGACCAACUCCGUUCAGAAGGGAGAAAGCCUGAACUGAUGCGUCGACUUGCAAAGGAUGCACAAAAGUGGACUGAGCUUCGCUCCAUACUUCAAAACCAGGCAGAUGUCGCUCAGAACUUCAUUGUGGAAUACUGUGAACGUUAUAAUGCAAAUCACGUCCCAGAUGAACUACAGCAGUCGGUGGAUGAGCUCAAGGUUAAGAUCGGCCACCGAAUCAGUCAUUUAGAUCAAACUAUCCGUGAUCUUCUUCAAUUCGAAUUUGCCUGGGCCUCAAUCAAUGAGAGCAGGGUCUCAACGAGGUUGGGUCAAAAUGUUAUGUUAUUUACAUAUGUCAGCAUCUUCUACUUGCCACUAGCGUUUUGCGCGGCGAUUUGGGCCAUCCCCAAUAUCACAGAAUCGGAUACCCGGAAUCCUUUCAUCAUCACUUCAGUGAUUGUUGGAUUUGUUACAUUGUUUAUAUCCUUCAAUCUUGACAACAUUGCUGGGCUCGUUCAAAAAUUGUAUCGCUACUGGAGAAAGAGACUAGUGCAAGACAUGGAGAACGAUAAUCAUUAUUGGAGGGAAAGAGGAGAAGAGCUUGGUGCUGAUGGUCCUAGCAGCUCGCCGACGCCUUCAGACUGGUUAUUACUCGGGUAUUUGAUCCACAGGCUGGUAGAUAAAUCCCAGGGUAUUUUGUUCAGAAGGAAACGGACCGAAGACUCACAGAAGAUGGACAACGAAAGUUCGUGUUGA